CCCCACUAUUCUGUGGAAGAAGCUCCUCUGGCAGGCUCAGCCCUGUGCCGAAUCCAAAGUAACGCAAUUUUUACUUCAUGCGACGUUUGAAGCGGGAUACUGAGCUCUGCUCCUGGCAAUCCGAGAAGAGCAUGUCCUGUCUGGCCAUACUCUGGUUUGCUGUAGCACGUGCAAGACAGAAAGGGAGGCUUCCAGGAGGACUGGAAGCCUGACUUUGCUUCAACUUUGUGAUGUCUUCCCCUGAAAUUGCUUCCCUUUCUUGGGGUCAGAUGAAGGUGAAAGGCUGCUCUACAACGUAUAAGGACUGCAAAGUAUGGCCGGGAGGAAGCCGAACCUGGGAUUGGCGAGAAACUGGGACCAAUCAUUCUCCAGGAGUGCAACCAGCUGACCUUGAAGAAGUCGUCAGGAAGGGUGUUAAAACUGUGGUGAUUGGUCGUGGCAUGAGUGAGGCUUUGCAGGUUCCACCAUCUACUGUGGACUACCUGAAGAAAAACGGGAUUGAUGUGUUGGUCUUGCAAACAGAGAAGGCUGUGGAGGAGUACAAUGCCCUGGCUGCUCAGGGUGUCAAAGUGGGGGGAGUCUUCCAUUCAACCUGCUGAAGCGUUACAGCUCAUUCCGCCUUCCUUGACCGCAGCCAAAUCACGGACACGCCUCUCCGCUGAAUCAAAUUACAGUCAACAGAGUGUGGACUUACGUGCCAAGGCAUUUGUGCACUGACCAUCUAAAAUGCAAGGGCAGUUUAUUAGUUCAGGAUUUAAACAAAUGGAGUGCUCACAAAAAGGAGCCUGUUAAUGAAAUCAGUUAAUUACAGAACCAUUGCCAUACAUCCUUGAGAUUGACCUAAUCUUCCUCUGAAGACUGUCCGUAUUCUGGUUACUGAACUUUUCAGCUGUUGGCUAAAUUAAGAUACUAGGUUUUGAAUACUUUUAUUGGGAAAUGUCCCAAAAUUCCAUUAUUGGCUAUUGGAAUGCAGCCGUAAGAUAGCUGACGAGUACAAUCAAGUGGUAGACACGAAGCGGCGGUAAAGAAGCGCUUUACCACCACUGUAUAAAUAAGUUAAAAAGGAAAUAAAUUAAAAAGCGAACCCAGAACAUACAACUUUGCCUCCUGCUGCCGACUUCAGUCAGGAUAUUGGCUGUGCAGAUCUCUUUGUGAUGAUUCAGGAACAUCAGAUAAUUUAGCACUUUUAAAUUUUACAUUGAACCUGGAAAAAGGAAAAAAAAAAUGUCUACAGGGAUUUUCCAUAACAUCUGGGCCUUAAAGAAUUUUCCUAUUAAUUGUGAAUUGUGAGGAUUGAGUUGUGGAAUACAGAUCUAUUCAAAAGUCCCUACGCGCUUAAAAUCGUCAGAAAGAUUUGUCACAAAACUAGAGUUUGCGACAUAAAAUGUCGAUCUUUAGGAAAUCAGUCUAAAUUGCUGCUAGCAAGGUGCUGCUCGCAAGCUGGGGAUGGAUGUGAGAAUUCUUACUGGUCGUCGUCAUCUGAUGGUUCAAACGGUGUGCCAACAAGCACGUUAUUACACUGAAAAUUUAAAAAGUUCUCUUAAUUGCUUCUAUUAAUGUUACAAGUUACCUGCUGUAGAUCUUUUUUCCCCACCAGGCUCACUAAUUCUUGAUCUGUGCAUA